CCCGAACACAUUGAUCUAGAUUCCUCAUGGCUUUCCGUGGCGACCGCUUUAUUCUAAAUCUUGACGAUUCUGACGAUGAGGGGCUUCCCCCCGCCUCGUCAGAGGGAGCCUCUACCCUUGCGAUUCCCGGGAUGAUCGGAGAGAUUCGUGAACGCUCCCCCGCCGCAAACCCCGCGCCGCCGACGCUCAAACCCACCACCGCCGCCGGAUUUCCCGCUCAUCGUCGACGUAACAAACCAUCGGCCUUCAAACAACGAAGAGCCCCGGGCUCUUCGUCGGAUGCUGCAACCACACGUACCGAGAACGACGAGAAGAAGGCAAUCGCGGAGCAGAAUGACCGGCAAUUGGCCUCGAUGUCACAGGCACAAAUUCAACGGGAACGGGAAGAACUGCUUGAAUCGUUGGAUCCAUCUCUACUCGAGCGAUUCCUCCGUCGAGCGCACAUCACGGAUCCUGAUUCCUCGGCCUCUCCCACCGCGCAGCAAUCGCAAUCACUCUCCGGCGAUCAAGAAGAGCACGAACUCAACGCAGCCACCACCCUAGAACCGAAGACGACCGCACAGUCGGCCCCGGCCAACCCAACCUCAUCUACCUCGUCGCGACCGCCGUCACCUGCACAAGUCAGCGCUGCCAUUGAUGACCUUCCACCUGCUCAGCUUCCCUCCGACCUUCAUCCUGCCGCCGCCGCCGCCGCCUCCCUCCCCCUCUCCGGCUCCGUCCACUUCCCCACGGCCCCCUCCGCAUCCGCCAUGCCGAACCUCGAUCCUUCGUCGCCAAACUUCCUCUCCGACCUUCAAACACACUAUUUCCCCAACAUCGCGCAUGACCCAUCCAGUCUCAGCUGGCUUCAACCUCCUUCCGCCUCGGACGAAGACCCUGACUCAACCUCUCCUUACCACCCUGCCAGCACCGCCCAAGCCAUUCAUCCCGCUCACCUUCGUUUCGCCUUACUGGGCACCAUCCUCUCGCCAUCAACCUCUUUAUCACUCCCUACAAGUCUAGGCCUGCAUCACCACGGCAAGGAUCCCCAUGCAGCUGGGUACACGAUCCCCGAGUUGGCCAUCCUCAGUCGCUCCACCUUCCCUGCACAACGAUGUAUUGCAUGGCAAGUCUUGGGCCGGAUCUUGUUUCGAUUGGGGAAAGGUCAGUUUGGAGAGAGGGGAACGCCUUUGGUCGAGGGGUUGUGGGCCACGAUCGAGAAAGAGGGGGUGGUCGCGGGCAUGCUGGCCGAGGCGGACGAUUCCGGUGACACUGAUCGCGUUGCCAAACGGGGACAGCAGAAGGAGGAGGAGCAGCAGCAGCAGCAGCAGCAGCAGGGCGAAGUGGACCAGGAUCAGACGGGAAAUAGUGAAGAAGAGUCCCCAUCUGUCAAAGAUGCACACAGACGACGACGACAACACCAUGCCAGUGCAACCGCGUGGGCUGUUGAAGGAGUCUGGCUGUGGCAAAUGGGCGGGGGCGGAGAUCGGGGAAUCCUCAAGGCGGGCGCUGUUCGGUCUCAGUGAGAUCGAGAGUAGGGGAAGAUCGUACCCAGGCAAUUUGAAAUGACGACCGUAUGAGAAUAACAGUCACGAACUUUAAGGGAAUCAUUUGCAUCAUUUGUGUCUAUGAUAAGCCUUGUAUAAAUAUCAUCGCAUGCAGCGGCUGGAAAUCCACCCCUUGUCCCACUCCCUCUAUACUAUUACAGCCGCUCUUGG